AGGCCUUCCAGUUCUCUUUCGACGAUCGGAGCGUUCGGUUCAGCGGACCCAUGUCGCUCGAGCUACCAAAAGAUACUGAAUCGCGACGCCUAAUUACACCUUCCAAACGCCAAUUAAUCAAUGAAUAUAUAACAAAGUGAAUAUAUAAAAAGCUUCCCUUUGUGCACUAAUUGUGAGCAAUAACAAUAGUCGUUAAUAAAAAAGAAGUUCCAUAAAGUAGCCACCAAGUGGCGUCCUCGAAAUAAAGCGACAGAAACGAGUUAUGAAAAUACAAAUUGUGGCCGUGCCAUGUGAGAAUGUGUGUUAAAAAAUUGCUAAAGAAAAAAUAAAAACGAGUUGUUAUUGUUGCUAUUCCGAUCUGUGAUCGGUGAUCGACAAGCGCCAGCUGCAAUUGGAUUGGAAAUAAGCCCCAAAAUAAGAUUGUAGAGAAAAACAUCCAUCCAACGACACCCUAACACCUGAGAUAGUGACAACAUUUGGCGCUACAUGAAAUUUUAAUUAAAAAUCUGUCCCAAAAUAAAGUAAAAAUCACUUGCAGCGGCGAAAAGUUUGCGGGUAUCUGUGUAUCCGUCAGAUACUUGCUGCUCGCUCGCUGCCCGAGUGUGUGUGUGUGCACUCCUCCAGGUGUCGCCGGUGCCUGUGUGAGUGUUUGAUGUAAGCAGACGUGAAAUUGGAUUAACUUUGACAGACGCACGCCGGUUUUUAAUUACCACCAAAGACUUUUUUUUUUGGAUUAACAGCGAAAAGUUGGACCAUCUCUCCAAGGCCAGCCACAGGAAAUUCAAACCGAAAGCAGCUCAACCAACGGAAUGGAAAAAAUGCUAGGCCACGCCGUUCGUCGAGCGUUGACGAUUUGACGCUGAGCUGUGUGUCUGGACGAAAGAUAACUCGCUUCUCCGGCUCUCGAGGCGCCUCCACGCGGAGCGAGGUGCAAGCGCAGAGAAGAGCCAGCAAGGUGGAACUCGGCACCACCACCAAGGCACAACCCAAGAGGUUCACCCAAACAAAGAACUACACUAACACGCACAAAAUGAGCCACAAUCGACUGAGAGUCCUUGUACUCGCACUCGUCCUGAUCCUGACAUCGUGCCGAGGGGACGGACCGCAGCACAGUCCCGACCAUGGCCUAGGCAUGGGCAUGGGCAUGGGCGGUCACGGCUUGGACGCGAGUCCAGCGCCUGGCUACGGAGUGCCGGCCAUUCCAAAGGAUCCCAAUCUGCGGUGCGAAGAGAUCACCAUACCCAUGUGCCGGGGCAUCGGCUACAAUAUGACAUCCUUUCCCAACGAAAUGAACCACGAGACCCAGGACGAGGCCGGCCUGGAGGUCCACCAGUUCUGGCCCCUGGUGGAGAUCAAGUGCUCGCCCGAUCUCAAGUUCUUCCUGUGCAGCAUGUACACGCCCAUUUGCCUGGAGGACUACCACAAGCCCCUGCCCGUCUGCCGGAGUGUGUGCGAGCGAGCGCGGUCCGGUUGUGCGCCCAUCAUGCAGCAGUACAGCUUCGAGUGGCCGGAGCGCAUGGCCUGUGAGCACCUGCCGCUCCACGGUGAUCCCGACAACCUGUGCAUGGAGCAGCCUUCCUACACGGAGGCGGGCAGCGGCGGCAGCUCUGGUGGUUCGGGAGGCUCUGGCAGCGGCUCGGGCUCAGGAGGAAAACGGAAGCAAGGAGGAAGUGGCUCCGGAGGAAGCGGAGCCAGUGGCAGCGGUGGCUCCACCAGCAGCGCCAAGUGCCGUGGACGCAAUUCAAAAAACUGCCAAAACCCCCAAGGAGAAAAGGCAAGCGGAAAAGAGUGCAGCUGCUCGUGCCGCUCCCCACUCAUCUUCCUGGGGAAGGAGCAGCUCCUGCAGCAGCAGGCGCAGUCACCAAUGAUGCAUCAUCCCCACCACUGGUACAUGAACCUCACUGUCCAAAGGAUCGCCGGCGUUCCAAACUGCGGCAUACCGUGCAAGGGUCCGUUCUUCAGCAACGAAGAAAAGGACUUCGCCGGCCUCUGGAUCGCUCUGUGGUCGGGUCUGUGCUUCUGCAGCACGCUCAUGACCCUAACCACAUUCAUCAUCGACACCGAAAGGUUUAAGUACCCGGAGCGGCCCAUCGUCUUCCUCUCCGCCUGCUACUUCAUGGUGGCCGUUGGCUACUUGUCCCGGAACUUCCUGCAGAACGAGGAGAUUGCCUGCGAUGGCCUGCUCCUGAGGGAGAGCUCUACGGGUCCGCACUCGUGCACCCUGGUCUUCCUACUCACCUACUUCUUCGGCAUGGCCUCCUCCAUUUGGUGGGUCAUCCUCAGCUUCACCUGGUUCCUGGCAGCCGGCCUGAAGUGGGGCAACGAGGCCAUCACCAAGCACUCCCAGUACUUCCACCUGGCUGCCUGGCUCAUCCCCACGGUGCAAUCCGUGGCCGUGCUCCUGCUGUCGGCUGUGGACGGCGACCCCAUUCUGGGCAUCUGCUAUGUGGGCAACCUCAAUCCCGAUCACCUGAAGACCUUUGUGCUGGCCCCGCUUUUCGUUUACCUGGUGAUUGGAACCACCUUCCUGAUGGCCGGCUUCGUGUCGCUGUUCAGGAUUCGAUCGGUGAUCAAGCAGCAGGGCGGCGUUGGAGCCGGCGUCAAAGCCGACAAGCUGGAGAAGCUUAUGAUCAGGAUUGGCAUCUUCUCGGUGCUAUACACAGUCCCGGCCACCAUUGUCAUCGGCUGCUACCUGUACGAGGCGGCUUAUUUCGAGGACUGGAUCAAGGCGCUGGCCUGUCCCUGUGCACAGGUCAAGGGACCCGGCAAGAAGCCCCUCUACUCCGUGCUGAUGCUCAAGUACUUCAUGGCCCUGGCCGUGGGCAUCACCUCAGGAGUAUGGAUCUGGUCCGGCAAGACUCUGGAGAGCUGGCGACGCUUCUGGAGGAGACUCUUUGGGGCGCCCGAUCGCACGGGCGCCAAUCAGGCGCUGAUUAAGCAGCGUCCUCCAAUCCCGCAUCCCUAUGCCGGAUCUGGUAUGGGCAUGCCCGUGGGCUCGGCGGCGGGCUCGCUGCUGGCCACACCAUACACCCAGGCGGGCGGCGCCUCGGUGGCCUCCACCAGCCACCACCACCUGCACCACCAUGUUCUCAAGCAGCCGGCGGCCAGCCACGUAUGACAUGGAGAGUCGGGG